AUGACGCUGCGCACACCAAGACGUCGUAUUUCUCCUCGAACCAAGCGUCGGUACCGAGCCAUCAAAGACUUCUUUCGACGGGCGAUAGGAAACAGUUCGCAAGCCGAUAUCCAAAUUAAUUCUAGUAUUGCUGUGAACGUAACCGAUUUGAAACACCAAAUAGUGGGCAUUGAAAAACAACUAAAUGAAGUCAGCAAACAUUUGAUUUGCACAGAAUGUACUUCAAUGACAAAUGAUUCCUCAUCUACUAAUAAUUCUGUAAAAACUGAUACAAUAGUACUAAAGCCAGAAACAUCAAAUUCACGAGAAAGUAAAACUAAAUUUUUGUAUAAAACAACCAAUGACAGAAAAUCUGACGAAAGUGAAAUAAUAGAGAAAUCAGAAUCUGAUCGUAAUGACUUGAAACAUGUUCCAUCUAAAAAAUCUAAACACAAUCAAAAGAAUAUCCGUGACAUGAAAAAGAGUAAACGCCCGGAAUUCAAUAUGGAUGAACCUUACCCAUAUUUAGGAAAACACAAAUCAAAAUCGACCUAUGAACGUUUCUCAUCAGCUUACUCAACUAACAGCUACCAUUCAAUGAUUGACCCAAGAUGUAAACGCACUUUACAUGAAGAUUAUGAGGAUCGCCGCCACUCAGGACAUACGGGACACUCCAGGCAUCGUCCUCGCGAAAGAGUGGAAUGCCAAAGAGAAUUACCGCAUACUGAACGCAAAGAGAUCUCUGCAAAAAGACCUGUCCGUAAUGAAGACAAAUAUACGAGGCGGCGAAAAGAGAAAUCUUCAAAGGAAACCUGUGAAUUAGAUCCAGAUUUUAUUAAUAACAUCAUAAAACGACAAUACAGACCAGUUAAAAUAUUUGGCAGAAGAGAAUCAGAUCUAAGCCAAUUUUCUGCUCCUAUUUGCCGUGACCAGGAAUAUAAGGUCCGUGAAAAUAUAAUGGAAGGGUCAGAUUUAUGUUCUUGUUGUUACGCUGAUCGAAAACCUCGAUUUGUGCCAUACAAUAAUGUUAGUGAUAUGAGAAGUAUAUGCGAUACGAGACUUUACAGCUCAAACAGAAACAAUCGACAAAAGACUCAUAGGCGCCAUACUAACAUUUACAAUGAUUCCUCCAUGUAUGAUGUAAUUCCCGUUAGGGAAAGAUCGAGUCCUAAAUCAAGAAAAAAGUUUAUAGAUGAUAUGAUAUCUCCAUCAUAUUAUAAAGAGGUACCUCCGUCACCCAGGACCCUCCGACCUCGUUUAAAUUUGAGAGCACAACAAUAUAAUAACAUGGACUUUGAAGAAGACUACGAUUACAGAAGUAGAAAGUAUUCUCCAAGACAUCAAAAUAACAUGGAUUCUUACAGCAAUAAAUCUUCAAAUUCAAUGGUUCAUAAAAGUGUAUGUAAUUUUAAAGGAAACAAACAAGACACUGUUCAGCAAAUAAUGGGUAUAACAAGUUGCCGUGACUCUUUGCCCUCACCAAUAUUUAAUAACGAAGCAGGAAAUGUUAACCAAACCCAAGCCGCUAACACGUCAAUUAAUAAGUCACAAGACAUAGAAAGUAACACUGAUAAAACCGAUAAAGCACUGUGCGAAAUUAAGGAUAUUCUGCAGAAUUUCUUACUAGAAAUUAAAAAAGAUAGUAUUUCUCAAAUGGUAAAGGAAAAUAGAGGUAAUGGUCAAGAGAACCAAUCCACUCAGAUGAAACAAAAUAAUGUCAAAAUAAAAUCGAGCACUGAAGAACCAAGUCACAGUGAUCUUAAUAACUGCAGCAUGGGUCCAUUUUCAAUACCGCCAUCACCUUAUUUACCACCACCGUAUAUAAAUCCUUGUUGCUUUCCAAUAUUUCCUACGUAUCCAGUAAAUUGCAUGCAGAAUAGCUAUGUAGUACCGAGUCCUAGUUUCACGUGUGCCACCUGCAAUAAUAAGGUAGAAGAGUCGUUAAAUGUAAAUAAGGAAAAUGUCGCCAAGGCUAAAACUAAAACAACCAAUAACACGGAAACAGAUAAAUUAAUUAAAGAAAUUUAUAAUCUAGUCACUCAGUCGCCUCCAACCACGCGCAAGAGAGACGAUAAAAGUAUCGCUUCACAUAAAGCAGUAUCGGACAAGAAGGCAGUUGUAACAAGAAGCGUUGGUGACAGUAUUAGAAUCACAAGACACGAUGCUAAUGUUGGGACGCCAAAAUUGAAAUAUUACUCCAAAAGCUGCGAGGCGAUUGGCUCUCCAUUAGAAGAGGAACAUACUGCCCGAACUACUGCGAGCUAUUCAGACACAGUUCUGGACAAAUUUAGUCUAGAUGCAACAGCUGCAGAUACAACUUCAACAGAAACAGAAGUCAGCACUGAUCGUUCUACAGAAAAGAAGGACCAAAGUGGUGAAGGUAAUCGACUUUCCAAAGUACUCCGUUCUUUCGGACUUCUUAAAAAGAAAAAGAAAGACGUGAUUGAAGAAGAAGAUGAAGACGAGAGCGAAAGCGAAAGUUCUACUGAAGUAGAAAUUAAAAAGAAAAGAAAAAAGCCAGUGUUUCCCCAAGAAGUAUUCAAUUACGCUGUGCAUGGCCAGGAAUUUUUCCAUCUUCCUCCAAUACCGCCCCACCUUCAUCCUGAAUAUCUCGCACACCAACAAAACUUGCUUCAUCAUCACUUCAGUCCAUAUUCAAGAUAUCCCGCCCCGUUAAUUCAACCUACCGCUCCGCCGUGCCCCUGUGCAAGUCCCCAUCCAGAAUAUAGUCCACCCUAUAAGCCGCCUGAAGUUCCGUUAUGCCUCAAAGAAAUAGAAGUGAGGAGUGCCGGAACCCAAAGUGAUAGAAAGCUACCCUUUUUCGGAAAAUUUGGCAAGAAGAAGCCACCUGACAUUCAGAUGCUGAUGCAGCGUAAUUCGAUGCCGCCGCCGAGGAAUUGUUCAACACAGACUGCUCAAAACAAACCAGGUUUCUGGCAGAAACUUAAUACACCUAAACCAAUGACAGAGUCUGACCCACGUAUGUUCUCGUUUAAAAAACAGAAGGAACUAGCCUCAGGAGAUAAAAAGCUGAAGAACGCAAUGUUGAAAAAAUUAUUUCAUAAAAAAAAUCCCUUCUCUCCAAAUAAUCUGAUUGUGAAGACUUUGAUGGGUAGGGACCCAUCUAGUUUUGGAGAACCGCCCGUGAUGUACCGGCCUAGAAUGUUCCUGUAA